AUGAAUAAGCAUCAGAAGCCGGUGCUAACAGGCCAGCGGUUCAAAACUAGGAAGAGGGAUGAAAAGGAGAAAUUUGAACCCACAGUUUUCAGAGAUACAAUCAUCCAAGGCCUCAAUGAAGCUGGGAAUGAUCUGGAGGCUGUAGCCAAGUUUCUGGACUCAACAGGCUCAAGGCUAGAUUAUCGUCGCUAUGCUGACACGCUCUUUGAUAUCCUGAUAGCUGGUAGCAUGUUAGCCCCUGGAGGGACACGCAUAGAUGACAAUGACAAGACCAAGAUGACCAGCCACUGUGUAUUUUCUGCAGAUGAAGAUCAUGACACUAUCCGAAACUAUGCUCAGGUCUUCAAUAAACUAAUCAGGAGAUAUAAAUAUUUGGAAAAGGCAUUUGAAGAGGAAAUCAAAAAGCUCCUGUUGUUCCUUAAAGCCUUUUCUGAAACAGAGCAGACAAAGUUGGCAAUGCUCACUGGGAUCCUGUUAGCCAAUGGAACACUUCCUGCCAUCAUAUUGACAAGUCUUUUCACUGACAACAUUGUCAAAGAAGGAAUUGCAGCAUCUUUUGCUGUAAAGCUUUUCAAAUCAUGGAUGGCAGAAAAAGAUGCCAAUUCAGUUACCUCCUCUUUAAGAAAAGCCAGUUUAGACAAGCGAUUGCUAGAACUAUUUCCAGCCAAUCGGCAGAACGUGGAGCAUUUUGCUAAGUACUUCACGGAUGCAGGGCUAAAAGAGCUCUCAGAUUUCCUCCGAGUCCAGCAGUCACUGGGGACUCGUAAAGAACUUCAAAAAGAACUACAGGAACGUCUGUCUCAGGAAUGUCCAAUUAAAGAGGUAGUGCUUUACAUAAAAGAGGAAAUGAAGAGAAACGAUCUGCCAGAGCCUGCAGUGAUUGGACUCCUGUGGACCUGUAUAAUGAAUGCUGUUGAAUGGAACAAGAAGGAAGAGCUGGUUGCAGAACAAGCACUUAAACAUCUAAAGCAAUAUGCACCCCUGCUGGCUGUGUUCAGCACCCAAGGCCAGUCAGAGCUAAUUCUUCUCCAGAAGGUUCAGGAAUACUGUUACGACAACAUCCACUUUAUGAAAGCCUUUCAGAAGAUAGUGGUACUCUUUUACAAAGCUGAUGUCCUGAGUGAAGAAGCCAUCCUGAAGUGGUACAAAGAAGCACAUCUUGCUAAAGGCAAAAGUGUAUUUCUUGACCAGAUGAAGAAAUUUGUUGAGUGGCUGCAAAAUGCUGAAGAAGAAUCAGAAUCUGAAGGCGAGGAGAAUGAAGAUGGUUCAACAAAGCACAAUCUCUAG